UUUCGGUCGCCGACAACAAAUCCGCAAAAUAUGUUCUCGGUUUAGGUGGUUUUAGGCAAUUAUUCGGAGAAAAUGUUGCGUAAAUUAGCAUGUAGUAUUGUGCAGAGCCACACAACCGCACGAUGUAUCGUGCCGGUUGCCCGCAUGUCACAGUACGGGCCACACUUUAUCGAACCGAUCGUCAGCAAGGAUGAAAUCAACAAGCUACAGGAGACGGGUGAGCUGUCGAAGAUCGCGCACGUUCCGAUCAAGGCGGCCCUUGCGAACCAAACCACGUCCGUGUUUUACGAUCCGCUCGUCAGCCAGUUUACGAAUUAUGUAAUGAAGCAGGGCAACAAAGAGCUGGCCCGCGGUUUAGUCGAGAAAGGGUUCGAAAACAUCAAGCGUAUGCAGCUCGAGCGAUACCAUCUAGCCGAAAGUGACGAGGAGCGGGCCAAGAUCGAGCUAAAUCCGCGCAAACUGCUGCACCAGGCGGUGGAAAACUGCCGGCCACUGCUACAGCUGACACCGAUCAAACGCGGUGGAGUGCGGUAUCAGGUACCGGUGCCGGUGACGGAGAAACGUUCAUACUUUCUCGCAAUGAAGUGGCUGUUGGAGGCAGUACGGGAGAAGGAACGAACGGUACACUUUCCAGAGAAGAUGGCCUGGGAAAUUCUGGAUGCAGCGGCCAACCAGGGCAAAGUGGUAAAGCGAAAGCACGAGCUACACCGUCAGUGUGAAGCAAACCGAGCCUACGCCCACUACCGGUGGAGUUAAGAGGCCAACGAGGUUGCAAUGGUGUACGAUCACAAGAUCGCUUUGAGUAAAACAAGUAAAACAUAUUAUAAUCCAAA